AUGGAUAACUUAGUUGAGGCCGACAACCGCUUCAAAGUUGAGUUGAGAGAACCUCGUAUAGACACAACAGGUUUCAAGCAAAUUUGUAUCAGCAACGUGGAAGGAGAUUUCCUCAACAUUUCGUUUCGACGCACUCUUCGUGUUCCAGAAAGUGGCAAUCGUUUGAAAGUACCUCCAGACUUUGGACCUUUUCCUAUCUAUCCUUUUGAUAAAUAUAAGGAUAAGUUUGAUCAUUCUGUAUCUACAAACGAUGGAGUCUUUAUCCCGAUCUAUCAGCGCGAGGCAAUGUGGAUCCAUUUUGAGUCAACUGGAUAUUUCGCGGUGAAAGUCAUUAUCGAUGGCGUGAAUGCCAUCUCUGGAGAAUCUAACAAAGGAUGCUUAUCAGCAGAUCUCAGAAGUAUAGCAUUACUUUACGAAAAAAAGUCAAUUCAAGAUUACAUUGUUGCAGGAAAUUCUGGUCAAAGAUGGUUGGACGGCGUCAAGACAAAAGAGGACAAGAUCAUGCAGUUUUUCGCGGCCCCGAAUCAAAUUAUGGCGCCAUCAACCAAAUCCUCAAUCAAUUUGACUGACGGUAUUCGUAGAAUACAAUUUGAGAUUGUACCACAAAAGCUGGACACGACAAAACGCAUGCCUAUCACUGUGCGCACGCUCUCCGGCAAAGUCUUUCAUAUAAAUGUCUCCAACAUAUGUCUUGUGAACGAUCUCAUGAACAAAAUUCUAGGAGUAACUAGUAUUCCCUGGGAGGAACAGCGAAUCAAUUUUGCAGACCAGCAACUUGAACCUCACCGUCGUCUGAGAUUUUACGGCAUCAAGGCGGGCUCAGAGAUUUUCCUAACCUUUGGUGUAGGCCGCAGGCCGAGAUCUCAUGCUGCCCAAAAACAUAUGUGCCAGACAACAGCAGGAAAAAGACUAUUAGAGUAUCACGCGGCGAUCAAAGAGAGUUACGGUGAGAAAAGAGAUGUAAUAUUUGCAGAUGCCAAUACAAACAUUGUGCAAGAUAUCGAAGUCGAUGAUUUUAACGCAAAAUCCUGGGAUACAGACAAUACUUUGAUCUUUAACCUGCAGAUGAUAAAUACACCGGCUUCUGAAAUCGUACUAGGUAUGAAGCCUCCGCAGUGUCCUAUCCCAAUGGCAAUGUACAAAGAACAUAACCGCCAAAUCCAUAACAUCCACGAUAAUGAUGAGGAAGGGAACGAUGGAAACCAAGAUGAAGACGAAGAUGAGGACGAUCACAAAGUUUUCAAGGUCACAACUGAUCAGUCGGGCGCGAGGGGUAGUUUUGCUCCGGUUGAUGAUAUGAAAGCCAGGUUGGGCGAGAUAUUUGAAUUGCCAGAUGAUGAUGAUAUUUGA